AUGAUUUAUAGAAUACCACUAAAUAAUUCUUGCAUCAAGCUAAUAAAAAGAAUUGGAGAGAGACCAGAAGUGCAAGUAGGUAAUUUUUCAAGGGAAUAGACUAAUUAUUGUACUUGGUAUUUCUUGCUGAAGGAAUAAUAUAUUACUGGCAAUACCUUUUUCUUCUUUCUGUCACCAUUAUUUUCACUGUACAUAAUAUGGUAGUUAGUAAUGGAUGCCUAUUAUUCACUUACCUACGAAAGCUAAAUUCUGACAAUUUCAAGUGAAGAAAAGGUACCUGAAUUUAAAAGGGGAAAAUGCAUGUACAGUUAGGGGUGCAAGCCAUAUUCCAGUCCAGAAAUAAGUUGCUAAUUUAUGCAGAUUUUACUCUUGUUUCACAUGGAAAACAUUGCACAUUUGCACCUGGAUAGCUCAGUUGGUUAGAGCGUGGUGCUGAUAACGCCAAGGUCGCAGGUUUGAUCCCCGUGUGGGACAGCAGCAUAUUCCUGCAUUGCAGGGGGUUGGACUAGAUGAUCCUUGGGGUCUCUUCCAACUCUAGAAUUCUAUGAAUCCCCCAGGCUUAAACAUUUUAAAAUGCAGCAUUUCUGCCUACAAGGCUUAUAUAUGCAGCUGAGACCUUCCUGUUGCCACAGCUACAAGAGAAUAUAAUUGUUGUGGUGAGAUUAUGACAUACGUAAGCUUUUCCUGAGGGGGCCUUAAUUUCAUUGGAGUUUGGAUCAGCUCAGAAGUGGCUCAGGUGUUGUGAUGGGAUGAUGAGCUGCUUGUGCGUAAAAUCGUAUCCCCUCAGAGUUUGUUCAAGUCCACAAACCUCUGUCUGUGACGGAGCCCCUCAGACAUGGCUACUCUAGUCACUAGCAGAUUCCGACAGUGGUUGCUUUCGUAAUCGCUUCCAACAUAAAAGCUCCUUAACGGAAACACGUCUUCUGGAAUCUCUGCGUGACAGUUUCCGGCGAGGAGUGGGUGUUCUUACAGGAGGUCCUGAAACCUCCCCACUGUUUUCGCUGGAAGUGUCUCUGAUGCCUGAAACCUCCCCACUGUUUUCGCUGGAAGUGUCUCUGAGCCAUCCCUCCAGCUCAGCUCCUCUCCCCCUGCUGGUUCCCUCUUCAGCUGCUGCGUCUCUCCCAACCUGUGUGAGCCCUUUCACCUCCCUGCUGGUUCCCUCUUCAGCUGCUGCGUCUCUCCCAACCUGUGUGAGCCCUUUCACCUCCCUUCCGUCCGAUGGCAGUUCCCUGACAGGUGUCAUACUCCAUUAGCUACCAUCAGGGACUAGAAUUCCAGUCCAUGGUGGUUUGAGCCUCCUACCCAAAACACUCACCAAUGAGAACUGGGAUGAAGGCACAGGUGUGUUUAAAACAACCCAAGUCAAGCACAGGGCAUCAGUCCAAGUCCAGAAUAUAAUCCCAAGGCAAGGACAAGCAACCAUCCAAGGUCAAUGCCAAAAGGAAUCUAAAUAGAGGAGCUAGGUUCAGAUUCAAGAAGUCGGGGACCUGUAUUAUGGCCUCCUAUACCACAUCCUAGUCACAGCUGCUGGUGCUAAAUUUGUUUCAGGUAUUAUUGCUUGUUCUCAUGGCGAACCCCAAGUUUCACUGAGACCUCCACGGGUGGUGAGUAGCAUUGUCAGAGACUUCUGACUGAAACAAGAGCGGAAACUGCUGGUGUUUGCUUAUACGUCCCCUGUCUGGAAUCAGGGGAGCCAACUUGGGCCCCAAAUUAUGGGUCCCCAGCGGUGCGUGCAAUGUAAGGUGUCAUCAUGAUGUCACCUUACGUCACAUGUGACACAGCAGUGCCUGGGAACCCCGUAAGUUGCAUCGGAGGCCCCACAGUGCGGGUGCCAAGCACCUACAACAAUUUUUUUUGUGGGUGCCCAGGUCCCCAGUGUCUGGAAUAGAAAUCAAUGCAGUGAAUAUGAUAAGUAUUCACUUUCAAUUCGCAAAUGAUAGAUGAUUGAUUUCACGCACAUGCACCCUUUGUGUUGUGUUUCCUUUGCACUGAAAUAACUUAUGCAAUGAAUUAUAUAAAUUAUAUAAUUCCACGACACUGAGACAAAUUAUGUAGAAUUUGAUGGAAGAUGAACUGCAGCAGAAUGGAAACGGUCCUGCAUGAGACAAAUGAAGAGCAAAAUGGAAAACAAUGCCUUCUUACUUCCCUACUGUUGAGUUGCAUACUACCUCAUCACUCUUCAUCCUGGAUCUUUUGGUGUUGGCAUUCUUGAGAGCUGAGAGGUGACUCUAUCUCCUCCUCCAACACCCACAAUGCUUCUUCAAUGGGUACCACCCAGGAAGAUCCCACAAAAGAAUCAUCAGCACUGGUUCCAGGGGAUCCUGCUUGCUCUCCAGGGUCCUUGGUCUGUAGGCUAUCAGGUUUUCCUGUGAAGACUCAGUGUCUGGUAGUGGGUUCAAGGCUAGGCAUGAGUGAAACCAAGAGAUGAGCUUGUAACUUAGCAAUGAUGAGUCUUUUUCCAAUGUUGGCGCCAUCACUAGUCAUAUGUCACAUUCCAUGAACUGGUUUCACCAUUUAUCUGUUCAGAAAGAAAAUAUUUCUGUCUUAACUCAUCUUGGUUAUCUGCCACAGGAACAAUUUCAGAUGUGUUAGAUCAAGCAUAUGCUAUUCAUUCAAAAUAUUGGGAUAGAUAGAAAAAACUCAUUGAAGGAGCAGGCUGAGAAAAAAAGUUAAUGACACAUAGGGGUGUCGGGAAAUUCAGCUGUAAACAGAAGCAGAAAAUGCCGUGGUUUAUGUGUUCAUCUAUGGUCAGGAACAAAAAUUGGUCAAAUGAAUACAAAUCAGUAUUUGCUCACAAUGUUUCAUCCAAAAGAUAUCUACAAACACUAUCUAAUUAAUGAUGUUUUUCAGAUUGUUUUGACGUUUCAUUUACAUUGCAGCAACUGCUUUCUGCAGGGUUGAUCAGAUGUGCUUGUGUGUACAGUGAUCUAUGCAGUAUGGUAAAAUAGAAAUACUGCAGAAAUUAUGGGAAAUGCUUUCAUAGCAGACAGUCAAAUAAGUCAAAUAAGGUGGUAUUUGAUGGAAACCAAACCGCAGCAGAAUAGAAACAGUGUUGAUUAUAACCAAUACGGAUUGGAAUGGAAUGCCUUCGUUCAUCCCUAAUAGCAAGUUUGGCAUAAUGAUAAAAGAAAAAUGACUUUUUAUUCAUUGACAGUGAUGUGUUCCUCAACAUAGAUGGAUUAUUCAUUCAUAUAUUUUAGUAUUAUCUUAGCUUUAUAUAAGAGAGUUGGAGCCUUUCUUUAGUCAUCUUUUUCUGCAUUACAAAAUGCACUUGAAAGCACCAAGCGUUGAAGUUGUGAUCCUUCGAACAAGAUUCUCUAAAUCAAAAGGGACUGGUUUCACUGCAGUUUGAGCUUGCCAAGAAAGGUCUCAAGGGGUAAGCUGCUCAGUUUGCAAUCAUGGCUUCCUCCUUGUCCAAACAUUGGUGCCACCACAACUCAACUUUGUGCCACCACAUCCCCUACCACAGGGUAGGAAACCUGUGACCUUCCAUCAGUCUGUUGCACUGCAAGUCUCAUCAUCCAGUAUCACUGAUCACGUUGGCUGGGGCUGAUGUGAGCUGAAUGAAAUUCAAUGACAUGUGGAAGGCCACAGGUUCCCCAACUCUGCUCUACCACAUCACAGUGCAUGUCACAGCUGGUUGGGGGUGUCAAUGUCUGAACUGGGAAAGAAAAUCAUAUUUGUAUGCAUUGUGUGUUGCAAAUCAAGGGUAGCUAAACAUGAACUGGAUUGGUUACUCAACCCCUUGACCCUGUCUUCUCAAUCCUGCUCUGUACAUUGAUGUUUCCUCUCAGGCUUUUUCCAGCUUGCCCCAGUGCUCUUUAUUCCCACUGUCUUUUUUGUUUUCCUCAGAGUCUUUAUGCCUUUACCGUGACUAACUAGAUUUCCCCCCAGCUCCUGCUUUCUAUCAAAGACAUCUCAAAUACUUAUUUAGUCACUGCUCGUCUGCCUUUAUGCAUUACGAGGACUGAAUGAGAACUAGUUUUUCAUUCCUAAUGGCUGCAUAAAGGGUAUACUAGCCUACUUCCCUCCAGCUUCUUUACUUGAACAUUUCUAUCAUAAUACUGAGAGUUUAGGGGUUGUUGUUGUUUUACCAAAGAGUAUUUGAGAUGCUCUUCUUGGAACCACUAUCAUUCUAUUUUCUGAUAUUCUGGAAGACACACUAGAAUUAGUAGUGGCCUCAGUAGUACAUCUGCUUAAACGACUGUUAAGCUAAGCUUAAGUGUAUGCUGGUGUACUUAUCUGAAACUGUGGGAGCUUCACUCAUCUCUAUGCCUGCUACUGUUGUGUUGCUUGAAAAUAAACUGUGGCCUGGCUUAGCAUUAUAUCUGAUCCUGUGCCCAUGGUUUGUUUCUCUCAAACAAGCUAUGAGUGGAAAGCCAAGAGUGGUCAUGGUUUGGAGAGGAACAAAGCACAAUCUUGGAUUUUGACGUAACCCUAAGCCAGAUCUUGGCUUGUUUCCUGGCAGCAGUGGGAUGGUGGAGAGAGAAGCACUUGUGAUUUCAGUGGUUUGCACCAGCACAAGGCACACAGCACACUCACAUUGAAACCACUGCUUAGUUUAAACCAUAGUUUAGGGCUUAUCCGCACUUCCUUUUGCUCCAGUGUUUGCUCCAAGUGCUUUUUUUAAGGGGCAAAAAGCAAAGAAACUAAAAGCUCAGACACACAGCUUUUAAGUGUGGAUCUGUGCCUGGAAAAAGCUGGGUGAAAUGUAGGUAUAAAUAAGCCCUAUGUUUUAGCAGUUCGAAAGCACGUCAUAGUGCAAGUAGAUCAAUAGCGGAAAGGUAAACGGCGUUUCUGUGCGCUGCUCUGGUUCGCCAGAAGUGGCUUAGUCAUGCUGGCCACAUGACCCAGAAGCUGUAUGCCAGCUCCCUUGGCCAAUAAAGCGAGAUGAGCGCCGCAACCCCAGAGUCGGCCACGACUGGACCUAAUGGUCAGGGGUCCCUUUACCCUUUACCUUUACCUUAACUAUGGUUUAAAGUGACAUGUGAACCAGGCCUAUAAGUUAAUGAAGUGUGGCCUACAAUUUCAGAUGAUAAAUAAAUAAAACAAAUAGCCAUAGAGGAAGCUGAAUAAAAAAGAAAGAAAAAGUUCCUGUUAACUGUCUGCUCCCAAAUCUCGCUUUACAUGUGUAUCACUGUAGUCUACAAACAUGUUGGUUUGGCUUCUGUUCAGAAGUUGUUGGUGACUAAAUAUGUGAUUCAUGUUAGGGACGUGGGGAGGUGGUGUUUGUACUCUACCAACAGACGGGUGUAGUAACAGUUUCACAUGCAAACUGCCUUCCCCUUAUUGCAUAUGGAUGCAGAACAAAUUGUGUGUGGGGAGGAAUCUUCAUUUUAAGAACAAAAGCUCUAUGGAAUAGAAGAAGAGUAUUUAUUGCUAACCCAAUGAAAUAUUUACAAGCUUUUCUUUAUUUCAUUCAAAUGUGGGGAAAUUCAUAUCUCUAUAAAUAUUCGCGUUAAAAAGCACUGUAUGAAUCUUCCUUGUAUUUCUGCUGUUUCUCCCCUUACUGAACAUAAGGCUGUAGUUCUACAUAAAAAAACAGUGGGAACUUCUAGAGCAUUGAUGAUCAAAGCGGCACGGUGACCAGAGUUCCAUAUCGAUGCUUGCAUUGAAAAUCACCAGUGGUCAGGGAAUUGUACAGGUGGCAUUUCCACCCCCACCCUCUUCAGCAGUUUUUUUUACACAUUUUCUGUAGAAAAGAGGUGAGGCUGAUAAUUUCAUUUGAUGUGUGAUAGUAAGCUAUCGGGACACGGGUGGCGCUGUGGGUAAAACCUCAGUGCCUAGGGCUUGCCGAUCGCAUGGUCGGCGGUUUGAAUCCCCGCGGCAGGGUGAGCUCCCAUCGUUCGGUCCCAGCUCCUGCCCACCUAUCAGUUCGAAAGCACCCCUAAGUGCAAGUAGAUAAACAGGUACCGCUUUCUAGCGGGAAGGUAAACGGCGUUUCCGUGUGCUGCGCUGGUGCUGGCUCGCCAGAGCAGCUUUGUCACGCUGGCCACGUGACCCAGAAGUCUCUCCGGACAGUGCUGGCCCCCGGCCUCUUAAGUGAGAUGGGCGCACAACCCUAGAGUCGGACACGACUGGCCUGUACGGGCAGGGGUACCUUUACCUUUACCUUUAGUAAGCUAUCAGCGGUGCCUAUUGUAGAUACAUUUCCUUGCAGAAAUCUAGAUUACCAAUGGGAUGACAACUAAUUAGUUGGCCUUAUCACCAGUGUCCUAUAUGUGAUUUCCUGCAUAUGACACUAGCGGGCCUCAUUCAUGCACACAUGCCCAGCUAGUUUUUAAAAAAGCAAAAAACAAAAACAUGGUUGGCAUUCCAGAACUAUAACUAGAUCUAAGUCAAAAUGGAGGGCAAUUUUUUUUGUGGCAAUGCCAGAAAACACCCCCUUUAUAGCAAAUUUUUAGUGAUUCCUUCAAAGGAACUUAACAUAUUUGCCUACUCAGAGGGCAAUGCUUCCUGCAUUGGCUUUGUUUUUACUCGGUGAUGUAGCAUUCUGACAUCAUCCUGUUCACAAUAUGUUUGCCGACUGGCUGGAAUGAUCCAUGGGACUAAUGCAGAAAGGCCUGCCCUCGCUCAGGAGUGGCUUCAUUUGCACUCAGCGAGGUCAUGUGAUCAAAGCUAAGUGCCUGUCUCUGACUACAAGAUUCAACAUUUGUAAAUCAACUCACUUCUCACAGGCUGAAGUCCUGCUCCUUCUCUGCUGAGGGCAGGGAGUGAAUGUCAGUGCAUGAGAGAAAUGAAGAUUCAACAGGCAUGGGAGGAGGAAGUAGAGUCCUCUCUCUUCCCCAAUAUGUCCCUUUGUUGCCCAGUCAGUGGCAGAUGUAAUUGUAAUUGUGAAAAGUGUCCCUCUACAUUUGUGGUGAGGGAGCCAUAGGCCAGCCUAGUCUGGCCCCUUUCCCCUUUCCUCAUCCUGCUCAUUAGAACUUCCAGUUUCAGACCUUUGUUGCUUCUUAUGAGGCAGCAAAUAGUCAUGGCCCUGUUAUAUGAAUGCACAGCACAUCCCUGCCUCUCACCAGGAUUAAAUUAAGGAUUUCUGGAUGCACCAACAGAUGGAGCCGAUGACCUUUGGAAUUGCUACACCUGAUCCUCCAUUGGGAAAGAGCAGGAUUGCAUCCAUAUAUCUAGGCUUGUAUGCAAUUACUCAUUCCUAUAUGCCAUCAAAACUAAACUUAGGUUUAUAUGCCCAGGCGCUCAACUGGAGCCAAAGUACUUUUGCCAGAUUAUGCAGUCAUACCAUCUGUAACAUACAACUACUGAAUAAAAGAUCUUAAGACAUCCAAAUAGUCUGAAAAGAGCUGCUUAAAUUGAUCUAAGGCAUAAAAGAAGAAUCUCUUUUUAUAGGGAUCCAAACAAUGCUACUGUUUCAUCAACCACUCUUUGAUCCAACCUAUAUUUGUCAAAAAUAUUCAAGAUAGCUCAAAACAGUUAUUAAGAAGCCCCAGCUUCCUUGAUUCUGAUGUGACUCAGAAAUGUAAUAGAAUUAUUUCUGUAUAUAUUCUGCAAUGGUUGUUCUGCUUGCUAGUACUUGCAAACCAAAAGUGCUUGCAUGAAGUAUACAAAAGUAAUUCAAUUCAAUGUGCAUUUUAAUUCAAACCUUGAAACUAAGUUUCAUUCUAUGCAAUGUAUUAAAUGCAGUGCUAUGAAAAAAUACCCAAAAGUUGUCUCAGAUUCAAAAAUAAAAAUAAAAAUGAAUGUGUAUGUGUAUGUGGUAACACCCUUCUGCUUGAUCACUACUUGAGAUGAAUUUGUCUCUGUGCUGGGACACAAAAUAAUUAAAAUAAAUUAAUUUAUAGAUAUUGCUGCAACAUCACACACAUCAGUGAUCAGAUAAUACGAGGUUUAGUUCUCAAUUAACCAGACUCCUCAUUAGACCAUUAGCAUAAAAGCCUAUUUACAAACAAAAUUAGAUUUAAAAAAAAUUAAAAGAAGUAUGGUAGACAAAGGCCUGAAAGUAAAAGCCGCUUCACACAACCAACAUGAUUCAGUCAGUAUGGCAGUUGAAUGGAUCUGUGCUGAGCUGUGUUUUUAGCGAAGCAAUUGCUUUAUAGCUUCACCCCAUGUGGGCAACAUAUUGAGGGCUACAGGUUCCCUUCCCAUCUCUGUUCUUGACCACCUGCACACAGGCUCUUUCUCCAAUAAAGCCACCCCUUGCACCCUUCACCGAAACUAGAAUUGUGAAUGGAUGUGGCAGAGAGGGUUUAUCUCAAAGGCAGCAUGUUUAAAAACAUCCCAUGACAUCAUGCUGGUUCAAUAGCUGCAUAGACUUCACCACAACACAUUGUGCAGCAUCCCAAAGUAGUACAAAGUAGUAGGAAGAUUCUUUAUACCAGUCAGGCUAUGGAGAAGACACAUAGCUCAGUGGUAGAGCAGCUGCUAGGCAUGCAGAAGACCCCCAGAUUUGAUCCCCCAGUACAUCCAGUUAGGUCGGGGAAUAUUCUUUCUCUGAAGCAUAGAAUGCUGCUGCAAAUCAGCAUGGGCAGCACUAAGAUAGAUGGACCAAUGGUCUGACUUGGUAUAAGGAAGCUCUCUAUUUUCCAUCUAGUCCUUUAGUGCCCAUCCAGAACAGCGACUCUCCAGGGACUCUUAGGCAGAGGUUGUUCUCAUCUCCAGCUACCUGGUCCUACCUGGCCCUACCUGGUCUUCCAGCUAUCUGUGGAGCCCUCCUUCCUUCCCUCAAUGCCCUAAACACAUGCUUAUUUGGCUUACUGGUUAAUCCAGCCCUGCCAACUCCACUUAUUCCCCUGAGUCAUCAUUUCUGCACAAUUCCUUGCCAUGCAUGUAUUCUUACCCAUCACCCCACUUGCUUCCCAGGAUAAAUUAAUUUUGUUAAUUAUGCAUGUUAAGUACAAAGAGGCAUUUUGCAGUACCUACUUUGAGCCUUAAUAUAUUUACAAUGCAAAAGAAAGACAUGAAAAUGUAAUAGAUUUUUGCAAUGUUUAUAAAGCAGUGUGUCAUGAUUUGGUGAUUUAUUGGUUUUAAGCAGAAGAGUAUUGUCAUACAGAUUUGAAUUCGUAUUUAACUAAGGUUUUUAUUACAACCCGAGAUUAAGAGAAAGUUUUUUUUAAAAAGUAUUAACAAAUCCGUAGCUAAACUAAAUUAUAGGAUCUGAUUCCUACUGCCAAUAAUACAAGACAGAGCUUUUCAGUGCAUGAAUAAAAAGCAGGGUUUGCAAUGGGUGUUUUAUCAGUACCACCAAAUCAGGCACUUUUAACAUGAUAGAUGAUUAAACAUGUUAGAGGGUUUGAUAGCAUUGAAAUCUUCACUGAAAGGAUCAUCGGCUGAGAAAAUAUGCUGGAUGCUUCCUAAUAUAAAUUGGAAACUAAAUGUGUUCUUCAGAGGAAAAGAGAAAAGAGCCUUGGGAACAAAAGGGACCACAAAGAAUUUGAAAUGUGCUUAUCAAUCUAUACAAUAUAUGAUUUGAAUUUUAGAGUAUGCAGUUUGGGAUUGGUGGGUUCAAAAAAGUCUCAUAUAUGUGCCUAUCUUUCUCUUAAACACACACACACACACACACACACACACACACAGAAACUUAAAUCUUACCAGAUUUCCUUUUUGAAUGCCCAGUUAGGCAUUCACCAUAUUGGCUAAAGAGUUAUAUGGUGUUAAGGGAGGAGUAACACCUCUGGAAGGGGACAUGUUGUGUUCCUUCUGGGGUAGUGUGUCCACCUUUGGUCCCUACUCUGCACUCAGUUCCUAGAAGCUGUUAGCAUCUGACAGCAGCCACACCCCAGGAAACAGCUUCAACUGGUCAGCUAAACCAGGUGGGGCUGAAACCCUCAGUGAGUUAGGGACGUCCCCAGUAUGCAAAGACAGGCUCUGGUGAAUUGAGCAGAUGAGAAAAAUAGUAGGUCCAACAGUCAAGAAGGCAGUUAUUGCAGCCGCUGUAGAGGGAAAUGAGGGGCAAACGGGGCUCACCAACCUGGGAGGUUAGCUCAACUAGGAGGAGGAAAACUCUGAUCCUAAACCUCUGCUGCCUUCUCAUUCACCAGAAAGGCUUUGGGAUUAAAUUCAUACCUGCUGCCUUGUGGGACAACUUCAGAAGAAGAAAAGGCUAAGGAGUAAACCCUACACAAAUCCUAAGAUGGUUGGAUGCCUCCUUCCAGCAACUCCUGCAGCCAAGCUGGUGCCAAAUGCAUUGCUCUGCUUUCCUUUGGACCACAUCAGUGUGGUUGGGGGGGUGUCUUGCUGUCCAAGACCCCCAUACACACUGCCCGGGUUAACGCCCCAAAGAAGUCAUUUUGCUGCUGCUAAUGCAGGAAAAGCAACAUGGGAGGCAGCAAUUAUGAGUUACUGGUCUCUGCAGCCAUAACAGGCGUUGUGAUUCUCCAGCGGUUUGACUUCACCCUCAGAGGCAUACUCCAUUGUCUCUUGCAGCAGAAGGAUGCCAAUAAUAAUCUUAGCUAAACAAAGAAGCCAUGCAGAGUAACCCCAGCUCGUACCCUCAUCACCCUGCACAAAUUCAAGGCCGUCUGCACUGGGGAAGCCUCCUCAAGAUGCCAAGACUACUGCAUGAUGUAGAACUCUAGAAUCAGGGAACUGUGGAUAUGGAUGAAACACAAUUCUUUUGCCUGCUCUCUCCAAAUUUGUUUAUCCAAGACAGCAAACAGAUGGAUGUGCAGGUUGUCACAUUGCUUCACAGCCCCCAUUCCCUGCCAAUUAUUAUUAUUAUUAUUAUUAUUUUUAAAAUUCUCCAUCUUCUAGGAGUCUCUUUUGACAGAGGGGAGGGGUCUGUAAUGAGUAGAGGGAAGCAUAGGAGGAAGACAAAGUGGAGAAAUUCCUUGCAUGGCUCUUUGAAACCUGCUAACUGUGUGCGCAAGUGCAGUUUGUUACCUGCCAGCUUAAAUAAAUGCCUAAAGAUAUCAUUAGUUUAAUGUCUGGCAGCACAACCAUAUUCACAAAUGAGAGGUGACAGAGCCUCUGGGUUAAGAAUUACUGCAAGGGUGUUUUAAGGAGCAAUAUAUAAUAUGAAAGAGCAAAAUCAAGGGACAAAAUCAAGAUAAAGUUGCCUUAAGACCCACUAAAAUGUUUCCCACCCUGCUUAAAGCUGGUGACUUUGGAGGAGGUCAGGUUCCAGGAAAUCACAUUCUUCUCACCUUAUUUGCAGCAGUUCCCACCUGUGAGCAUAGUCCAAGCUGUAAUGUGAUUUACCGGUAUGCUCUCAACUUGCUAAGAACAGUUUCCCCAAUUCUCCCUAAUUCUGGUCUACCCAAAAGACACCACCUGCUGCUGCCCCUGGUCUCUGGGCUGCUCCUUCUGCCCCAAAGAGAGGUGCCUCCUCGCACUGCCCCACAGGGGUCUGGGAAGAGGCUGCCCCCAGCCUUAGUGGCCCAACAGAGACUGGCCAAAGGUGAACGUGAAGCCAGCACCUUACUCACCUUGGGGGGCAGCAGUGGCAGCAGCAGGCGCUGCUGGGCCUAUGUGGCAGAAAGGCUCCUCAUCAGCACCGGGCUCUCAACUCCCAGACAGGUCUUCUACAAAGCAAGCACAAUAAAGGCCAGCACAGCGCCAGGUGGCCCAGACUCCCACUGUGCGGCCUAGAACCCACGUACCUAUGGGACCGCCUCUCCUGGUAUGCCUCACGGAGGACCUUAAGGUCCACAAAUGACAACACUUUGGAGGUCCCAGGUCGCAAGUUUGGUCUCAACUAGGGCCAGGACCUUUUCAGUACUGGCCCUGACUUGGUGGAAUGCUCUGUCACAAGAGACUAGGGCCCUGCGGGACUUAACAUCUUUCCACAGGGCCUGCAAGACAGAGCUCUUCCACCUGGCCUUUGACUCAGUCUGACCCUAAUGUUUCCCUCCCCUUAUGGUCUUGAUUUAUCGGCUACUCUAAAAUGAGGCUGCAUUUUAAAUUGCAUUUUAACCUGUAUUUUAAAUUGGUCCCCCCCCUCUAAUGUUUUUACAGUGAUUUUAUUGGUGUUAGCUGCCCUGAGCCCGGCUCCGGCCAGGGAGGGUACAAAUAAUAAUAAUAAUAAUAAUAAUAAUAAUAAUUGUUGUUGUUGUUGUUGUUGUUGUUGUUAUUCCCAACAGCAGGGGCUGGUGGAUUGGCUGGUAGGGCUCCCUCACGCACUUGCUUGCUUACUCUGAAGUUGCCUCAGCUCCUGGCAACCAGCACCCCUGACCAGACCUAGAGGACCAUUGGCCUGGGGAGCUUGUAGCCAGGGGUGCUUCAACAAACAGCUGCAUAAGCCUUUGGGAGGCAGAGACGUGAGAGGGCAUCGGAGGAGGGAGGGAAGAAAAGAGGGACAGAGGUCAGUGUUGCCUGUGGCACCCCUGACCAUCAUUCAAGGCACCCCAGGGUGCCACGGCAUACUGGUUGAAAACCACUGAUUUAAAGUACUAUGAUACCACUUUAAACAGGCAUGGCUUCCCCCAGAGAAUUCUGGGAACUGUUAAGGGUGCUGAAAGUUGUUACAAGGUGCCUAUUUCCCUCACAGAGCUACAAUUCCCAGAGUUUGCUGGGAAAAGGGAUUGUUCCUUAAACCACUCUGGUAAUUGUAGGUGUGUGAGCAGCAUUUGGAGUUCAGGAUUUUGACUGAAAUGAGACUUGAGGUAAAGAGUUCAGUGCAUGUGCAGAACCAGGCUUCUCUUGAAAACACUUUUAUACCAACAGGCCUACGCAACUGUUUAAAUUUCUUUGAUUAGUCAGUCAUCUUCAUGAUGAUUUUUGUAUUGCCUCUGUGGCGUUUUAUGUGCUAUUGUACUUGUGGUACACUUCCUUGAUAUUUCAUAUGAAUUUAUGGUAUUCAGUUUUUAAAUAUAUAUAUGAAUAAACAAACAAACACAUCUCAUCCGUCAUUCCAAGUGAAAAAAGACCUUUGUGGGAAAUAAUGUGCCAUUCGUUUUGCUUUUGAGCUUGACAAGUUGGCAUUUGGCAGAGAGAAGCAAUCUGAUUUGGAAGGCAGCAUGAGGGAGAGACAGAUGAAAGCAGGCGCCAGUGUGUCUGAAUGAGGCAUCAAGAUUCUUUAAAGUGUUGGCUCUGGUGUGAGGCAUUUGGGAUCUGCUUCAGUCAGCAAAAUGUCUUUGGUCUCAGGAUGUGGGCAGAUUUGCAUUUGGACAAGAUAAGUAGUGAUUUCAGGAGCCUCCCCAUCACUAGCUGAAAGUUCAGCUUCAGUACAAUCGACCUAUGGUAGUUACAGUGCAUAUGAUUUUAAAAUGGCUAUGACAGCAGUAACUGGAAGAGCUGCAGGAGAAAGGGGGAAAUACAUUAACCAGAAUUGCAUUCAAGAUUGGUGGGACAAAUCUGUCAAUUUCAGUUUCUCUCAGUUUCUCAUUUUCCCAGCAUUAAAUCCAGUUUUCCACAUUUCCAUCUUCAUUUAAAAAAAUGCUCAUGAAUAUUUGUAAUAAUUUUAAUGUGAAUUUCUCCUAAUAUAAACAUCUUUGUAUGUGAUUUUGCCGACCAUACACAUUUUUGUAAAUCAAUUUCCCUAAAUGCACUUUUGUCUGUUAUUUUUCAGGAAUAUACGCAUUCUUACACACACCUAGCGCGUGGCUUUCUGUGCACAUUAUUUAGUUAAAGAACUGCAUUGCAAAAUUCAGAGAAGUGUGACUGUCGAGGGAUGGCUGUGUUUCAGUAGGCAUAUUGUUUUUAGAAAGUGAGAAUUAGGUAGACAGUUAAAUGUGGACUGAAUUGAAUUUCUGCCCCAUCCCUAUAAUGCAUGAAGGAUAUAGCCUACGUAUGAGGAGUGAGGGCUAGAAAAACCCUCUGGUCCCCUUGUGUUGGCUCUACAUCCUAUGAGUACCAAUCAGGAUAUAGCAAGGAAAUUCAUUAUACCAUAUUGGCCCAAAUAUGAGCUGCACCUUUAAAAUUCAAAAGGGGGGGGGGAGAGACAAUACCCAAAUAUAAGAUGCUCCCUUCAAAUUGGCAGCAACCAUGUGGCCCGAGAAAAAAAUUGCGGCCCUAGAGGACCUACAUGGUACAGCAGGGGGGAGGUUUGCGGAGGCAGCGGUGGACUGCCUGGGCACCCGCAACCUGCUGCCAGCUGCCCCCCAUGCUGGGUGGGCACCCCUCACUCCCUAACAGUGGUGGUGGGGGCUGGCUGGGCAGGCAGCGGGGGAUCACGGCAGCAGCCCCCACGGGCACUUACCAUUCCACUGCCUGCCGCUCCCGGCACUGGGCACCCCACCAAUGACAUCGGAGGCCCACAGCUCGAAGUGUCGGCAGCGGCUGCCGCCGCCAAGUACCCGCCACCCCCGCUUGCUAGGGCUCCAGCAAGAGUUAAAGGCUUGGGAGCAGCGGGCGGGCUGCGUACCAUUGCUCCGCCCUCCCGGGCUGCACUCUGGGGGGGCUCACCACGCCGCUUUGCCGGCAGCCUCCCCCCCCUUCAUUCUGACAGCUCAGGGGAGGUUUGGGAGCAGCGGGUGGGACGGCCCUCGUGGUGGCAUCCUGGGCUGUUUUAGCAGCGAUAUUAUAAGGUUGCGAAUAUAAGCCACACUUUAACUUUUCACAGUUGGAAUUUGGAAAAAAAAGGUGUGGCUUAUAUUCAGGCCAAUAAGGCCAAAGUCUUCUAAUGGUCACAGUGACCUUGGCUGGGAUGAAUAGGGAGCCAAAAAAUUGGCUGAUUAAAAGUAUGUGUUCAUAUCCUUUCAACUUUCUCAAGUUCCCACUCACUGGUCACUCAUUUACCGUACCUUUUUUUACCUACCUCCUCUGACAACUUCUGAGGUGAGUAUUGCACCAGUGAUUGUAACCCAGACUGGUUUAAAUUCCUUCCUUCUUUAGAUAAUUAGGCAAUACAAAAGGUUAUCUAUCAUUCCUGGUUUAGUUUUAUAGAUGUCAUUCUGAGCAUCAAACAUCUUGUGCCAUUAUUCUUACUAAUUAUUAUAUUUAAUCAUGACUUUCUACAACAACAAAAAAAUGUUCAAAGCAACUUACAACUCCAUAAAAUACAGUUGAGAUAUUUUACAUCACAGCUGCCACAACUCUUACGUUGCACAAAUGGUAUUUUGUGGAUAUGAAUCCAUUUACUAAAUCACUUAUUGCAGCUUUUGUGGGUAUGAAUCCAUUUACUAGACUAUGCCUGGACAAUACAGCAGACAAUGAAUUUUCAAAAGAGCAGAAAUUGCAUGGCAUGUGCGAAGAGGAAACCUAUUAGGGAAUAAUGUUUUCCUAUUAAUCUGCGGUAAAGAGAUUUGACCUCAGAAUAACUCCCUGUCAAACAAGGAGAUGCUACUGUUUACGCUGUGGAGAUGUUAACAGAUUUUGCACAGAUACUUCUUUGAAAAAACUGGAAAGUCAAACUUUUCCAGCUCAGAAUAUCUAGGAUAAUUAUGAGCUGAAUUCAAACCUCUUAGAAGUUUGGGCUCAGACCAUAGAACGUUCACAUCCUUUCCUUCUGACACUUAUCUAGCAGUGCUGUCAGCAGUGAUAGAGGUGGAAACUCUGGUCUUCAUCAGGCCAUGCAGGCAGCAUUGUAGGUAUGAGAACACCGGGGAACAACAUUUUUGUUGCAUUGACAUCUGCAGUUGUUCUAACCUAAUUUCAACGUGCUGAUUUCAUAUCUGAAGUUGGUUUUGUUCUGUAAGCUCUAGGGUCUUUUUUCUUCAAUUCCUGUUUUUCACUUUUCACCAUAAUCUUUGUUUUUCACAAUGCAAGAAUUCAAUCUUUUAUUAAACACAUAGCUAAAGUAGUACAAUAUGAGUAUAAAUGUAAAUGACUUAUAUAGCAUUGAACAUGACAUGUAUAUCUAUGUACAGUUGGAGGUAUGCAAAAAAAUGUAUUCCCUUGGGAUACACAGUAUACUGGGGAACAAUUUUUUUUCCAUUUUCUUUUGCAUGAGAUUUUUCAACUGUUCUUAUAUGUUCUUUCAAUGCUGAUUUCAAAUCUGAAAUCAAUUUUCGUGUACAUGCUAUAGUUAUCUUUCAAUUUCUGACUUUUGCCGAUAUGUCAUAUUUAUACUGGGGAUAAGUGGACACUGACACAUUGAUCUACCCUAACCACAUGGUAAUUAUUGUUUUGUAAACUUAAUUUUUCUUUAUUUUUACAGUUUUGUAACCUAAAUUUUUGUAUUUUUCAGAUCGGAGCAUGGCUUCUUCAAGUAGACAAAAAUGUGUAAACCAGCCUAAUGCCUUUUGUUAUGCUAUUUUUCUCUGGUCAAUACGAAGGGUAUCGGCAAGAAAAACCGACAUUCUGUCGCCUAUCCCACUAUUCCUUCAACAAUUAGACCUAUCCCGUACUCUGAAGAACUCCCAAUUCCAGUUUUUAAGGGGUUUGUCUCUUCUGAAGAUGAAGGAAGUGAACAUGGUGAGGAGCACAACUGGAUCAUCUGGAUCUCAAAAUAGUCAACUUAUUGCUUGGACAACAUAA